AUGACGACCUCCGAGAGAUGGCCGGCGCACAGCGGCGCCACUGCCAUCGUGCUCGGUCUCGACAUCGGCACCGUCAACACUGGCGUAUGCUACGCCGUGCUUGCCGACGGCUUCAGGCCGAAGAUCUACUCCGUCGAUCAAUGGACGCACUGCGCAGACGAGAACCCUCGCAUAGCCACGCGGAUCUACUACAACAGCCAGGGAGAGACUAUGGAGCACGCCGGCGCCGAGAACGAAUACAGGCUCGGGCAGGGAGCGCGGAUGGCGCAAAUGUUCAAGCUUCCCUUCCUGCGCAAGUCUCCGCUCGAUGCUCGCGGCGACGAUCUCAACAAUUUGCCCGAGAAUUUAGCAGGCCUAAAUCCGAAGAAGGUCAUGACGGACUUCAUGACGAUGAAGCAUGUCAGGAGUCACGAGCAAGCGGGGCUUGAAGUGACGGACGUGACGCCGAUCCGUAUCAUGGUGACGCACCCUAACGACUGCGGGAAGGUCGAGCAGAAUCAGUACCUGCACGCCCUGCAGCUAGCGCUCCAGCAAGUCAAGGUCAAGAGGGUGGACAUUGAGUUUACCACCGAGGGCGAAGCGUGUCUGAACGGCUACGCGUGUGAACGCGAACGCCAUUUGGUCGCGGGAAAGGAGCAUUUGCUGAUAGAUGCGGGCGGCGGUACGAUUGAUUUGAGCGCCUACCGCGGCGAGAUUGGCAAGGAUGGCCGUGACGUCUUCCACGAGAGCGCUGGCGCGCGUUGCAUCACCGGCGGCUCGACUAUCAUCGACGAGCGCUUCUGGAAGUUCGUGCAGGCACAGCUGAGCGCCAAGAAAGUAAAGCUGCGAGAGUCUCAGCGUUUAGAGCUCUCGCGCAGCUGGCUCUCGAUCAAGAAUGCAUACGCCGCAGACCAGGAAGACUACAAGCUCUUUCUUUGUCACAAGCCGGUCUACGAUUGCGGGGCGAAGCACAAGCGGAAAGUGGUAUUUCCUCACGGCUACUUGACGGUCACUAGAGCUGAGAUCAGCCAGCUCUUCGAAGAGUCCAUCUCACGGACUGUUGAGGAGGCCGUGAAUAUGGUAAAGGAAGUGCGCGAGAGACGUCCUGGGCCAAAGUCAGCGCCGAUAGAACCUCUGACUAUCGUGCUCACCGGCGGCCUGAGCAUGAAUCCGUACUUCAGCGAGCAAAUUCGUGCACGCAUGAGCCACGUUCGCAAGCUCAAGUUCGAGCGUCCACCCCGGCCCUGCACGAAAGCGGUCGCGGAAGGCGCAGUCGCUGCCUCUAUUGACGGCUUCGUCACACGUUACGUGUCUCGUUUCCAAUAUGGCAUCGAGGUGCAGCGCCCUUUCUCAGACCCGCACGGAGCCGUCGUGUAUGAUCAGUCGAAAGGCAUUGGAUUUCAUCCCGACGGACUCGCGGUACUGGUGUCGAAGGGAGAUCGGGGAGGAAAGGAAGCAGAGGAUCGAGCCAUCCAGCGCUUCGAGGACUACUUCACCGCGGACCAGGUGGAGGCGCCGGAGCUGGAGACGUACGUCGAGGUGUACGCGUGCAAGAGCGGCCGAAAGACCAACUGGAUCGACCGCGAGUCCGGCGACUUCGAGCUCCUGGAGACGUUCAGAUUCAAGUUCACGAGAGACGAAGUCUCGGAAGCCAAGGAGCUGUUGCCCGCGACAGCAACAGACCAAGCGUGCUUCAGGCUCAACUUCGCCUGGGAGUUCCAGGUCUACGGCGCCGAAUUGUUGGCCUUCUGCAUCCUCUACACGAACAGCGGAGGUCAAAUGUGA